UUAACCAACCAAUACGCGUCACUCUCAAUCACACGCGUUCACACUCUCCCGCAUCUCACCUAUACGCAUUCACUCUCCCUCAGAGACACCAAUCUCUGGAAUCGACAAUGGCGACGACGACGACCACUACUACUACAACUCCGGCCGAACCAGACGACGACCUCCACCUCAUCGCCGCCGAGCAACGCUGCGAGCUCAUGGCCGCGCAAGUCCUCGAGUCCGACCUCGACCUGGCUUUCCGACUCCAAAUCCAGGAAGCCAUCACCGCCUCCUCUGCCUCCACGUCCGCCUCCGCCUCCGCCUCCGCCUCCGCUCCUCCACCUCAAUUGAUCACUAACGACGAUGAAGACAAAGUCUUCAACUUUUCUUCUCUCCAGACCGAAGAGCUGGAGAAAUUCGAGCGCGAAUGUCGCGAUCGCAUAAUCACGGAGGCCGAGAUGAAGAAAGCGAAAAAUGAUCUCUUCCGCCGAAUCCACGACUACAAAGUCGCUUCCGAGAUUGAGCUCAUGCCGGAGGACGAGUGGGAAGAGUUCGGCGAGAAUUUCGAGCGGCCCUUCGGGGAGGGCUCGUCGAAAGGAGGCGCGAAUGCGGCAGCUUCCGAGACUUUUAGGGUUUAUUUCAAGGGUUUGGUGAGCGAGGAGAGAGUCAGUGGUUCGAAUGUCUCGUUGGCUGGGAUUGGAGUCGCGAUUUGCGAUUCCAGAGACGAAUUGAUUUUCGAGUUGAGGAAGCCUCUGAUUGGGAAUGGGAAGAAUCGUCAGGCUGCCGAGGCCAAGGCUUUGAUUGAAGGCUUAAAUUCGGCCAUUGCUUUGGAUUUGAAGAGGAUCGUGUUUUUCUGCGACUGCUAUCCCCUCUACCAAUUUGU